AUGAACGACGCCGCGCGGAACGGGUUUUACCGGCGGCUGUUGGCCCGCCACGUGGGGCCCGGAUCUGGCGUGCUGGAGAUCGGGGCGGGCUCCGGGCUGCUGUCCAUCCUGGCCGCCCGGCUCGGGGCGGCGUGGGUGGUCGCGGUGGAGGGCUCCGCCGAGAUGGCCGCCCUCGCGCGGGCCAACGUCGAGGCGAACGGGCUCCGCGGGCGGGUCACGAUCCUGCACCGGCUCAGCACCGAGCUCCAGCUCCGCGAGCUCCCUCGGCGGGCCGACGUGCUGGUGUCCGAGAUCUUCGGCACGCUGCUGCUCGGGGAGAGCGCGCUGGACUACAUCGCCGACGUCCGCGAGCGGCUGCUGACCAAGGACGCCAAGAUUAUCCCGACCUUCGCCACGCAGUACGCCGUCCCGGUCGAGUGCGAGACCCUCGAGCAGAUCACCGCCGUCAGCUCGUGGGACGGGAUCGACCUUUCGCACAUGAUGCGUCUGCAGGACACGGCGAGCAUCGUCUUCUCCAAGCAAUACGGAUUUCGCCUGAAUAGCGUGCCCUUUCGCUUUCUUUCCGAGCCGGUCGCGUUGUUUAGCCUCGAUUUCUCCACCAGCACCCGGGCGGCGCUGAAAAAGGUCUUUGACUUCGAGUUAAAAACAAACGGAAAAGGAGGGAGGGCCCACGCCUGGGUCUUUUACUGGAUCGCAACCGACGGUAGCGAGACGAUGUCGACUUCCCCGCACGAUACGGUGGAUAACCUUCCGCGGGAUACGCACUGGGGCCAGGCGAUUCAGCUCAUUGACAGCGAACAAAACCUCCAAUUCCCCACCCCGCUGGUGCUGAAGGAAGGGGAGACGUAUCAUUUCCGAACGUACAUGUCGGAGGAUCGCAUUUCAAUCCACAUCCAACUUCUCCCGUCAAGUGAGAAGACCGCGUAA